ACGAUACAGCAGUCUGCCUGCCCGCUUGCCACACGUUGGCGUGCGCUUCUCUCUCAUUACCAGAUGUUGGAAGGAAUCGCUUCCCUGCCGACCAACCAGCCGGCCAGUAAGGAGAGAGCGAGCGGCCGACAGAUCCCGAGCAGCGCCGAGCUACACAGAAACACACGGAACAUCUCUCACGAUUGAAAUAGCGUAUAUCUUCUCGAGUUCCUUGUCAGACCGAUCGACCUUCUUACCCAAUCGGCUCUCGCGGCCAUAUAUGGGUAACCAACCUCCCAUACACAUGUAGAAGCUAGAUUCUAUGGCGGACAUUUUCGCAUAAUUUAUUCACCCUGACGGAGGAGAAUUUCGCAUCGCCCCGUACCAUCCUUUCCCGUGGAAUAUGAUUAAAUUUAUCACCUCACGGGUUGGAAAUUUUGGGGUUGAUCCACCGCGGUGUUUCGGAGCCAGGGCAACUGAGGCGAAAGAAAGGUUUUGAUUCCAUCAGGCAAGGUGUAAACCUUUAACCUUGCGCGCCGCUCAACGAGCGACGUAUCGUUUGAUUAAACGUGGAUCGGAGGACGGAUGGCUCUAUAUACAGUGUGAGUACAGUGUGCUGCCUGCCUAUACCUUGUGUGUGUGUCGUCUACUUCUCUACUGCAUUUACCGUCAGCUGCAGUAGCGGAUCGCCACAGCCCUCCCUCUCUCGCACAAGGGGGACCCUACAUACACAUAUACUAGGGAGUUUACAACAUGUGUGUCGGGCAGACUCCAAUUGAGAGGAAUUAACGUUGGAUAUUAGCGUAAUAAUUCUGGAUCGGCGUUUCGUUUGAUUUCGUAUGCUCCAGGUUAAAAAGACUCCUACUGUUACGGCAUUAAUUUCGUGUUGUGUGUCCUAAUAUAUCUGUCCUUUUGAGUGGAACUGACCGUCUGUUUUAUUUCGUUUGCAGUUGUUGCAUUUCGUGAUAUCGAGCUGGUGAGUAGCGUGUUAGGAGUGAACAUGCUAGGUAGGCCGGUGUUGGUGUCGCCUUGCCCUGCUACCCAUAGCCUGGUCAGCAUACGCUACCCUGUCCUGCAACACUACCACUUCGCCGGGAUGUGAGGGUAGGCCAGCUCAAUCACUGACAUUCAGGAGAAAUAUCUACUGUUAACCUUAUCAUCAGCUGAUUUAUUGAAACUGACUCGCCUCAUGUUCAUCAACGAUCAAACAAACUAAAUGACCUCGGGAGGGGGACGUUUCGAUUUCGAUGAUGGGGGCACGUACUGCGGGGGCUGGGAGGAGGGAAAGGCCCAUGGCCAUGGGGUGUGUACGGGGCCCAAGGGCCAGGGGGAGUACGCGGGGGCCUGGCAGUACGGCUUUGAGGUGUCAGGGGUGUACACCUGGCCCAGCGGAAACGCCUAUAAAGGCCAAUGGUUCCAAGGCAAACGACAUGGGUUAGGAUGCGAAACCAAGGGCCGAUGGAUGUACAGGGGGGAGUGGACACAGGGAUUCAAGGGACGCUAUGGGGUACGCCAGAGCACGACAUCGGGCGCCCGCUACGAGGGGACGUGGACUACAGGACUACAGGAUGGCUAUGGCUGCGAGACGUAUGCGGAUGGAGAAGGCACCUAUCAAGGCCAGUGGUUACGGGGAACACGUCACGGGUACGGCGUACGUCAGAGUGUUCCCUAUGGAUUAGCUUCUCACUACCGCCCUAAUGCACUCCGAGCCUCCCUCACCUCCCUCCGGAGCGAGAACGAGGAUGAACAAGUGGUCAAGAACAGGGAUCGGAAGUUGGACGAAAGUCGAGGCGGGUUUGUUCUCAAAGCCAAGAGCGAUGAGACCCCGCCUCAACGCCGGAAGUCCAUCUUCGACAAACAGGGGCGGUCGAGUUUACGGAAAACGCUUAUGUCCGGGCUGAAGUUAAAAAAGCAGAAAAGCACGGGGGACAUAAACGACUCGCCAAAACGUCAAACAGGUUCUGUCAGAAGUACAAUCAGCAACAUUAGUCACGUGAGCGCUGACUCCACGCAGUCGGGCAUGACGAAUACUUCCAUGUACACUGACAGCAACUUGAGUUUUGUGAGCCAGGACGACAUUACCGACGUGAACGUCACGGAGAUGUACAUGGGCGAAUGGAAGAAUGACAAGCGAUCUGGAUUUGGGAUUAGUGAACGAUCAGACGGGUUGAAAUACGAGGGUGAAUGGUAUAACAACAAAAAAUAUGGAUACGGUGUUACUACGUUCAAGGAUAAUACCAAGGAGGAGGGGAAAUAUAAAAACAAUGUUUUGAUAUCUUCGGGAAAGAAAAAUAAAUUAUUCUUGAUACGGACCUCCAAAUUGCGAGAGCGUGUGGAUAAUGCAGUGUUAUCUUCCCAGAGGGCGGCACAGAUUGCCCUUCAGAAGGCUGACAUUGCCAUUACAAGAAUGGCAAAUGCUCGGGCAAAAGCGGAACAAGCAGACAGUUCGGCAGAUCGAGCACAACAGGACUGUGAUAUUGCCAGGUUAAAAGCCAAAGAAUUCGCGCCAGAAUUCCAUCAACCAGGUACAGAUAUAGUAAAGAAGCAACUAGAAGAAAACAACCACGAGUACGACUAUAGCCACGUCAAACCUUUACAAAAUCAUGCUCCCUAUCGCUCCAAGUCCAUGCAAGCUCCAAGGCUUGACAUGCAGGACGGAGGUGGCAUGUUGCCCGGUGGCUUGCCAGAUAUGGACUACCAAAAAAGAACAAAUAAUCCCGCUAGCUAUCUCAACGCGGGGUAUCCCAACAACCCUGGCAACCAACAGGAAGUGAUGCAAGCGCUCAACGUCAACCCUCAUAGUCGAAGUCCGUCACUGAAAGUUCGCAGGUAUAGUUUUCUGGCAGGCUCCAGAAGAGGCCGAGGUUUCAGUGAGAUAUUUAAUUCAACCAUAUUGAAUGAUCAUUUUGACCAGUACACUGCACCACACGAGGACAGUGGCUUCGGACGCGAGAUCUAUGUGGCUGGCGAUGACCGGCAGCGAAACACAUCGCACACUAGUGACACGUCCCCCGACUCCGGGGUGUCGGAUACAAUGGAGGAGGAUAACAAAAACCGUCCAUUGCAACGGCGUAGAACUCUCCCGUGCAUUGUAAAUCAGCCAGACAACAAUGCGAAAAAAGCAAUUGUAGAGAAGGAAACAGCCCACAGUAGUGAAAAUCUGACUGGGAAAACUGCAGAGACAUAUAUUAUUGAAAACGGAAUCAGGAAGCGUGUGCGUGCCGAAGUUCACAAAAACCCUGCGGACGACAAGGGGGAGCAACUACUGAAGCAGUAUAAGAUCGAAAGCCAAAAGAAACUGUCUGAAUCGGGCAAACACGGAAGUCUUCCGGACCUCAAACAUGUAGUGAAUACAGCCAAGCCAAUCACACGUGUAGAGGCAUACCGACUUGCUACAGCACGCCGGGAAGAGUUGAGACGACUACAAGACCUUGCAGAACGGCGACGACAGGGCGACGUGGCAGUUAUACUCGGAGAUGUGAAGGACUGGUGUCAGCAGAGACAGCUGCUAGUGUUGGUGAUUGCGCUCAACCUCAGUCUGGCCACCAUGUUCUUCAACUUACUCUCCUGAACCCACGUGCACAUGCGGCCGAUGCCCGCAGGUUAACGUUUUAUCUUCGCCAUCGCACGUUUUGUGUGGUUCCCCCAAAGCCCUGCACCCAGCAUAGGGCGGGACCCAGCCAGAGCCAUCUGGACUGAGGAUGCUUUUGACCCGAGUCGGCAAACUCAACUGUUGAGUCGGCCUUUGGACUGAGAUUGUGCUGCAAGUUUAAUUGCAGAGGAGAGAGAAAACCUACUAUUCCCCAAAGAAAACAUUAGGAGUUGUUUCUGGCUUUUGUAAUUCUGCAAUUAGAGAUAUUGCAAAUCGGUCAUGUUCAUGAUUGAACACGUUUGGUGAAAGAAAGGAGGUGUUUGUUUUUAAAUCAUUAAAAUGGCACUCAGAUUAUGCACUGUAUUUUUCUACAGUGACAUGUCCGCAGUGACUAUUGCGGUUGUCUUUGUCGAGUGCCUAAUUAACAUUGUUCAUGAUCCCAAUUAUUUGAGUGACCUUGACAUUUAACCCUGACCUUGCCGAUGCCACUGAGUGACCUUCACCUCAGAGACCCCUCAGAUCAUGUGAUGAAUGAUGAGUACGACAUCCCAUUUCCAUCUGUCUCAUAAUUGGACAGUCCAAGGGAGAUAAUUGAUGAAAGUCGACACAGAUUGACCAGUAAGAUGUUGUUGAAGGAUGUCAUGCGAUGAAAUCUCAAAAAAACACUGUAACAACACCCAGAUUCCUUACUUCUGUGAUAAUACAAUGAGCUCUGGGCCAAUUGUAUGAUAUUUAUCCCAUGUAAAUCUAUCAGAGUGUACAAAGUCCUUGUGAUCAAAGGGAGGCAACUCAGAGUUUUUAGAUCUUCUAGUGACUGAGUUGAGUUUGAAUCUAGGUCAUUGGGAGAUAGCCAGCCUUCCCACUCGAAUCAUCAACUGUGAAUACCAUUAUUUAAAACCUAAUUUAAUUCUCAAUUGUGCAAUUAGAUGAAAAUAAUAAUUUGGAACUUAAUUUAUUUUUUAAGUUCAUUUCUAUUCCAUUGUGUGGUUUGAUCUUUUUUCAUAGUUAUUCCAAGAAAGUAGGUCAUUUUGACCUAUUUUGACCUAUUUUUCUGUGGUGCAACCACUACUAUGAAAACUGAGAUUGUGGGUGACUGGGACUAUUUCUCUUCUGGGUGCAAUGGUUGCCUCCGUGGAAGCAUCUCCGGCGGCAGUGGCAGUGUCUGCUGCGCCAGCUGCUCCUGGUUGAUAUCGGAAAAGCAAUAGCGACUGUUUGAAAGCGUGUUCUCAGGCAGCUCUUGGGCCUGUUUCCGGGAGUGCGGACGAUUGUACCUUGUAUUAUAAUAUAUCAUACCUCAUGUCCCCACUCCACUGCUCCCAAGCAUGAUUCCUUUGCUUGAGACUACCAGGUUACAUUGUGAGGGACUGUUGAAACUGUCAAUAAAUUAUAGUGCAAAACUGAUUCAUAGCGAGUGAUAGUUAUAUCUCAUUUUGGCAGCAGUAACACUGGCACAACAGUUGCAAUAAGUCUGUAGGGAAACAGUAUCAACUUCAAGCCAGUUGCAAUGAAUGGCCUGUUGGAUGCACGAUACAUGCAGAGGUAGUUUGAUGGAAAACAGGUUCUACGUAUUGCUGCAAAAAUGAUUGAUGUGUACUGAAGAAUGAUGCUUGAUACUGUGUCUGGCUGGUAUUAAUGUGAUGUAAUUUCAUGUUAUCAGAAAUACGUUUAGAGGAAACAGGUGCUCACCAUCUAAAACAAAUAAAACAGUGGGUAAUCACUUGUACAUUAUCCCAGCAUUGCAAUCAGCUGAAUAUCACCAAUUAAAUGAUGAAUAACUCACUUCAAGUCAUUCAUUACGGAAAUUUUGAAGUUCACCUGUUGUCAAAUCUCACUUUCUCCAGUUUCAAGACCUCCUGUUUGUAUUAGUUGUUGCAAUGUAUAUAUUAUCUAUUGAUUUCUUGAGUUUGGAAAACACAAAAAUGACAUGUAUGAGUGACAAGUUGGAUAGUUGACCAUUUUGUUGCCACACUUCCCCUAGCGUCAUGAGAGUGAGAUAGAGUGAUCAAAGUAUUUGUGUUCUUGUAUGUAUAAUAAAUAACCAGCUCCUUGUAAUGAAACAAGAUAGAUAUUGUUUAGUCACUAAACCCAUGAAAUAUAGUCAGAUACUAUCCAGGAUGCAUUCCGCAAACAUACCCGACAUUUAAUCAUCACCAAUUUGCUGAAUAACUGUUAUAUUUGCCUUAAUGUAAUAAUGUUAAUUAAUGUAUAUUAGUGUCAAUGUUUACUGUUCCACAUGUUCAUUGAACUACAAAAUCAGCCAGCACUCAGCCUUACCAACAAUAGUUAUAGGAAGGGGAGGUAACUCUCAUUUCCAAGGAAGGGGAGAUAACUGAUGCUGUUUGUUCAGUGUUACUGCUAUCCACCAUUCAUCUUCUAAGGUUUCAUAUUUUCUGAUGUUAUUUACCUCCGUAGGUCCUGAACAAAUUACAAUGAUUCCUGUCAUAAUACGACCAAGAGCCUGGAGAUUGUUAAGGCUGCGAUGGCUGUUGCUGGGAUCACCUAAUGAUUGCAGUGUAGAUAAGACAAGCCCUCACCAUUGUGCCCAGUGAAUGUAUUUUCUUUUAGAUACCCUUUUUUAUAAGAAAUAUUGCAAGUGACUUUCAAACCAUGGUUUAAGUUUUUUGCACAGACCCUCUUAGUAUCUCAGAUGUGUCCCUGUCCCUUUAAUGUAGAAAGCAAAGUGGUCUCAACCUGCCCAGUAUGCAGUAUAUUUUAAAGGGGAGUUUCUGCCCCCAAUCAAAGAACACUGCUUAUACUUGGUAGGGAGAUCCUGUUGUUGGCCUGCCUCAGUCAUACACGUGGCAGUGUGGUCAAUUUGUUCUCCCGAUCUCAGAUUUGAGUCUCCACUUUGCUAGUUUUGUUUCUCCAUCUUAUUUCUUUCUUGCUUGCUUGUGUUGCUGUCUCCAAAACACCUCUGUAUUUCAUUUUGAAACAAUAACUUUGCCUUGAAUUUCAGUUUUCAUAAUAAAAAUCCAUUUUGUAGACAAGUG